GGCUGCGACCGGGUUGGGAGCAAGCGACACUCGCGACGGCAGGAACCGGAAGCCGGCAGAAACAACUUCCGACUGGCCCCCGGAAAACUACGGGGCGCGAGAGGCCGCGGGCGCGGCGGAAGUGGGCGCAAGUGACGCGUCGGGCCCCCAGCGCCGGCUACGUUGCGGGAAGGGAAGUCGCGCCGGCGGGUGCUGGGCUGGGCUGCGGGGUUGGGCUGCGGGGCGUAGGUGGAGGGCUAGCUUGGACCCCUUGGAGGCCGCAGCGGGGCUCCAGGAAGAUGUUACCAAGUACUUCAGUGAAUUCCCCAGUGCAGGGGAAUGGAGUGUUGAAUACCAGGGAUGCAGCAAGACACACAGCUGGAGCAAAACGCUACAAAUACCUGAGAAGACUUUUUCGUUUUCGGCAGAUGGACUUUGAGUUUGCUGCAUGGCAGAUGCUCUACCUGUUUACUUCCCCACAGAGAGUUUAUAGAAAUUUUCAUUAUCGAAAGCAGACAAAGGAUCAGUGGGCCAGAGAUGACCCUGCUUUCUUGGUCCUGUUAAGUAUCUGGCUCUGUGUGUCCACCAUAGGAUUUGGCUUUGUUCUGGACAUGGGAUUUUUUGAGACAAUAAAGCUUCUCCUUUGGGUUGUAUUCAUAGAUUGUGUAGGCGUUGGUCUUCUCAUAUCAACUUUAAUGUGGUUUAUCUCUAACAAGUAUUUAGUGAAACGGCAGAGCAGAGACUAUGAUGUGGAGUGGGGCUAUGCCUUCGACGUGCAUCUGAAUGCUUUUUAUCCUCUCCUAGUCAUUCUGCACUUUAUCCAGCUUUUCUUCAUCAACCAUGUCAUCCUGACAGACACCUUUAUCGGAUAUUUAGUUGGAAAUACCUUAUGGUUGGUGGCAGUUGGCUAUUAUAUUUAUGUAACCUUCCUAGGAUACAGUGCAUUGCCAUUUUUGAAAAAUACGGUAAUUCUUCUUUAUCCAUUUGCACCUCUCAUUCUGCUCUACGGCCUGUCACUAGCACUAGGAUGGAACUUCACGCACACACUGUGUUCCUUCUACAAGUACAGAGUGAAAUGAAAGCGGGUGGUGAGACUAUCCUGCCUUCCCUGCGCAGCAGGCAGUCUUGGGGAAGUGAGAUUUCUCCUGAAACUUGUAAAUAAACCAUCUUUGUAGAUACCUUCAGGGUGUAAAGUUUGCAAGUUUGAAGAAAUAUAUAUGUUAACACUAUUGUCAAGUACAUUCCUUAAAACUAAUUAAAUGUACAUUUCUAUAAUAAAUAUUUUUUAAACUAAA